CAAGUCAACACUUCAAUGUGGCUGGUUUAAUUUGUUCAUGAAGGACAGAUCUAUUACAAGGCACAACAAGGUCCUUCUCAGUAACAAAGGUUUGACUGCUUGUAUGGUCUUUUGCGCUCUGUUGAACGAGACAAGCUGAUGUUGAUCGGGAGAUCUUCACGUUCCUGGGGCCUCUUAGCUGUUAUUCGUCCUUCUUCAGAGCUCCUGAGAUCAUUCUCAAUCCGUGGGGCUCCAACCAUAUAAGCAAACACAAACAUUCAUCUAUUUAAUCAGGACCUCCAGAUGUGCCCUAAAUACCUCAGUGUUCUACACAUGUAUACAGUCACACAUCAGUUACAUGCAUGUAAAACUAUUAAAACCCUACAUUAUUCUGUCUAUUAUACUGUUGUUUUUAUGCGUUUUUAUGCCUUACUAUACAAUAACUUUUUCAUACCUUUUUAUAUCUUACUAUACUAUGUUGUUCUCAUAACUUUUUAUGCCUUACUAUACUGACAUUUUUAUGACUUUUUAUUCCUUCCUAUACUAUAACUUUUCUAUGCCUUACUACACUUUGAUUUUUAAGCCUUUUAAUGCCUUACUAUGCUAUGACUUUUUAUUACUUCUUAUGCCCUACUAUACUAUGUUUUUUUUUAUCCCUUACAGUAGUAAGUCGUUUUUAUUACUUUAUAUGCCUCCCUUUCAUAUGUAAUUUUUUUGCCUUUUUAUGCCUUAUUUUAUUAUGACUUUGCCUUACUAUAUUAUGUGGUUCUCAUAAGUUUUGCUUAUUUGACAAUGUAUUUAUUUAUGUUCCCGCAUUUAUUAUUUUAAUUUAUUUAUAUAUAGAUUUAUUUUCUAUACUUAUUCCAACAUCCCGUGAAAUCAUAACUAAUGUCUUCUUGUUUGGACUCGUCAUGUGAUUACGUGUCAUCAACAAAACCAUGUGACCACUAAUGAGGAAGUCAGUCCAGAGGGGAGGGAUCAUGGGAAGACUCAUCCUUCCUUCUGCGUUUCAUUCUUAAUUCUCUGUCUGUUUUUGAGAGGUUAACAUGACUCAGACGGAGCUUACUCUGUGUUUAAACCUGCUCUUGUUUCUCCAUGUUGUCGCUCAGUUCAGGAAUAAUGUUCAGCAGCAGCAGUGGCCCGUUCCUUACAGACGGUUUGAUCAUCGCCCUGCUACAGACUCUUACUGUGACGCUCUCUACCCGUUCUGCCCCACCGGAGACCGUGAUGGACGAAUUCCCUACAUGAGAGACACUGAUGUAAUCUCAAUUUAUCGACUGCAAACACCUGUGUGGGAAUUCAAGUACGGAGAUUUGCUUGGGAAGUUUCGUAUCAUGCAUGACGCUAUUGGAUUCAGCAGUUCAGAGACGGGAGCCAACUACACCAUGGAGUGGUAUGAGCUGUUUCAGCUUGGUAACUGCACCUUUCCUCACCUCAGACCAGAGGAGUACGCACCUUUCUGGUGCAACCAGGGAGCUGCCUGCUUCUUUGAGGGCAUCGAUGACUUUCACUGGUCACAAAAUGGCACCUUGGAGAAAAUAGGAGAAAUAACUGGGAGCCAGUUCAAUGACAUGGCCCAGUGGGUCCAAGACGACAAUGAGACUGGGAUCUAUUACGAGACAUGGACAGUUCGCUCUGACCCCAGCCCUAACUCCACAGUGUGGUUCGAGUCUUACGACUGCUCCCAGUUUGUCCACCGCACAUACAGGAAAUUAACUGAGCUUGGAGCCAAACUGUCCAGUCGCUCACAAACCAACUACACCAAGAUUUACCUCUACAGCGGGGAGCCCACAUACCUCGGCAAUGAGAGCGCCAUAUUCGGACAGCCUGCUCUGAAGAAUCUGGCAUUGGACAUCCGUGAAUUUUACCACACAUUCAGGCCACACCAGUCAUUCAUAGACUUUGCCCUCAGUAUGUUGGAGGCUUAUAAAAAGGUUGUGUUGGACAAGAGCUUCUACCUCUACUACAACUUCGAGUACUGGCAUCUGCCCAUGAAACCUCCCUAUGUGCAGAUUACAUAUGAAGAGGUGCCUUUGCCUUAACAUAACAGCUGCACCACAGUUACUCACAUUAAUGAUUAAUCUGUUGAUUAAUUGAUUAUCCAAAAGCCAAAUGUAUUAGUAAUAAAUAAGAAGUAGCAAAUCUUCACAUUUGAGAAGCUGAGUGUGAAUGUUUGUGGAUUUUGUUUUAGAAACGACUUAAAUGACGAAUCGAUUAUCAAAAUAGCUGUCGAUGUUCAAAGUUUUUUUGCCCAGAAACAGCUGUUGAGAAAACAAUCUCCCCACAAACGUCGCAUGAUGUUCAUCAGCAGGUUUUGCUCAGUUGAAAAAAUGCCCUCUGCAGUUUUCUUGUAAACAAACAACAGUUGUCAUUCAGUGUUUCUCAACAGAAUGCAUUGUUUGUAACCCUGAGGCCUAACAAACAUGUUUGCUGCAUUUUCUUUCUGUUAAAUAAUUUGCAACGUUCAUGUUUUGAGUAAUUUCAAGUGUGCAUUGUUUACAUCUGUGUUUGUUAGCUUGCAGAGCUAAUGGUCUUCUCUGACUCUGUUGCUGCAUUGCUGCAUUUGAAGCUAAAAUUUUAAGCCUAACAUCAAGUGCUGGAGUGUGAGCGCUCAGAAAAACAUGGAAAUUUACUAUUCCAUGACAACUGGGCAAACAUUAAAUAUGACCUCCAGAACAGCUACUUUUUUUUUCCAAUUUAUUGAAAGUAAAAAAUUUGCACAAAACAUUUGGUUAUUUUUUGUAUGUUUGGGAUGGGAUGAUGGACAUAAAUAUUUAGACAAUAGAGUUUGUUGUUAAUUGGAGAAUAAUAGAAAGAAAGUCCCCGCAGUUUACAGUAAUAAUUUAUCCCAGGACUACAGCUAAAGGAAAGAAAAUUAUAUCAUAUCGUGUCAUGAAUAUCAUCACCAUAAUCAUCCUAUGUCAUACUCUCAGGUGGGACUACUUAAGUUAAACUUUGAGCACAUGUCCCAGCAGAGAUUCUGGGAUGUUUGAUAAAUACAGACACAAAGUAUUGCAAAGCACUGGAGGUGAUGUUCACCAACAUAGCGAUGAAUGCAUGUCAAUAUUUUAGCACGUAUUUCCCUGAUUUCUGGACUUAGGGGCUAAAAAUGACUUUCUACAUGGAUGUAUCAGGUCCAGCCUUAAUGUUAUGUGUUCAUAUGUGUACAGUCAUUAUCGAGUUUCAUAUUUUAAUAUCGCAACAAUUCAAUGUUUUUCAAUAUAUAAUUUUUGACUCAUUCCCACAUAAACUUUACAUGGCAUUGUGAAUUUUUUUCAGUUUUUUUUAUUUUUAUUAUUAUUUAUUAUUAACUGAGCUAAUCAUGUGCACUCUGAUGUACUGCACUGUUUAGAAAAUAAUGAAAUGACAGAUGCAAAGAGUACAUUCACAAAUUUUUAUUACCGGUAUAAGAUCACAUAUCCAAAACAAUAAUUUUAAUUUCAAGACAGGUGACCAGUAAAGCAAAGUCGACAAAGCAUUUGCCCUACAGAAACUAAAGUAAAGACAGCAUUCUUAACACCAGUUUACUCCAAAUAAGACUUACUGGAGGAUUCUUCUGAACCAAUGAGGUUAAAAUAACAGUUAUUGACAAAAGGGUUUUUAUAAUGAAAGAUAAAUAGAUUGUCCUUCUUAAUCUGUGCUUAUGUGCAACAUGUUAAACUCAUUCAGCUGAAUUUUUCAAUAAAAGCCAAUAAAGGCAAAAGGAAAAUGGUUAGAACCAGUCGAAUAUUGAGACAUAGCCUUCACUUCAGAGCUGCUGUCACAGCCACUGCACAAAUGAUGAAAGACAAUCAGGAGAUAUGUUACUGUACCGCUGAGAUGCUAAUGUACAUGAGCACAGACAAUCAGCACAUGUAUCUACUUCAAUGAUCAGAGACCAAUGCUAUCAAUAGACUAUGUUAGUUCAAAUACUACAAAGAAGGAACCGCACUUCUUGCAAUUAAGUGUCUCAGUUUUAGUUUAUGUUAUUGUUUGACUACAUGAAAUGUUUACAUGAAAAUUAUGGAUACAAGGAAUUCAGUCUGGUGGAAAAAUAACGCAAAAUCUGGGUUUGACAUAGAUCCUAUGACAUACAGUGACGUCCAAAGGUUUGUUCACUACCAAUAACUAUUUAUAAAAAUACAUUUUUGACUAAUUAUAUCUUACAUUCAAUUACACAGCUUUCAAAAACAUGCUGUCAAAAGUCAAAAGCUUUGUAAAUUUGCAAGUAAUUUCUCAAUAUUUGAAGUGCCUUCAACCCAUUUCUACAGAUUUUUAAAAUCUAUGUCACUCCAGCUGUUUUUUUAAGUACAUCCCAGUUGUCUUUUGAUGUUUCACGUUUUUGAAAUUUUCAAGGAUUCUGAUAAGUGUGGAGAUUAUGUAAAUCUGCACUCCUUCGUUUUCCUGAAUUUCAAGCAGGGGUAGUACAAUUUAAUUCUGUUUUAGUGUGGGUUAAAUUCUCUAAAUGGAGUGUGGCGCUUCCUUGUUAAAAUCUCUCUAUUGUGUUGAUCAAUGCUAAAUUGUAUAGUAGUGAACUCAACACUCCUGAACUACCUACAUGCAACAAAACCAUGGUGACAGGUGUAACCAAUAAAACCAAU